UGCACAGAGUGUUUGAGAUCUGAGCAAAACUCAUACUCAUUACACUUGUCUUGCCACGAUGAAAGCGGUGAUAGUUUUAUUGCUAGUUGCCUUCGCCGCAGCAGCUAAUGCAUAUCCUUUGGAAACUUAUGAUGAUGUGGAAGAGGCCUUGGGAGAAAUUAUGGAAGACCACAGAGCUGCCAAGUUCAGGUGCGAAUUACGGGAGAAAGUAAGGAAGAUCGUGGAAGAAGGGGAGAAAGCUUUGAAAAAUGUCAAGAAAGAAGAAGUUUGGAAAGAGGGAAUGAAGAAGACGAAUAAACUGAUUGGGGUAAUGAAGAAAAAAAUAAGGGAGGAAUUCAAGGAAAAGCAAGGGCUUGGAAUGAAGAUUUACCGUUACAAAAUGCAUAUUCUUAAAGAUAUGUACAACGAGAUGAAGAAACAUAAAUUGUAUGAAUUUGCUGAGAGAAUCAAGGCGAAAAUCAAAAAUCUCAAGAAAAACAAGCCAAAGUACAGACCAGCAUAAAAAGGUAGAGGGGGUGUUUUAUUGCGUGGUUAUACUUCUAAAAGGUUUAUGAAUUACAUAAUAUUCUAUGAAAACAUUAUCCCUUAUUAUUGUAAUUUUGGUGUCAGGCUCCAAGACUUUAAAGGCUCAAAAAUGAGCGAGCGUAAAAAACAUUAAAAUGGAAAAUUAGAGACCGGCUAUUCAGAUCUCGAUUGCAAAUAAAAUAAACGCACCUCGAAACUAGCUAUCUUUAAAAAACACCCGAUUACUUAAAGCGUCUAUGGCUCAUUCUUGCUUUGUUUUUGUGCCCGCUUCAGAAACUUCUACGCAUCGCACGAAUUGUAAUUUAUUGCAAUCUACUUUAGCGACUUGUCAUUGAAUA